UAUGUAUUAUUUCUUUCGUGAAAUAUUCGUUAUAGCAGGAAUUUUUAUUUUAACAACUAUAUCUGCUCAACCCAAUGGCAUGUCUCCACCUGAUGAAAAAGGUCCUCCUCAACCUCCUAAAAAUCGAGACAAAGGGAUAAACUCAACAGAAGAUGAAUCAGAAUCUUUCCCUGAUCCUUAUAACCGUCAUUACAGUAUUGAAGAGUAUGAAGCAGCUCAAGCUUGCUCUGAUCAAACAUAUUUGACAGCUGGUUGGUAUCAAUCACAACCAUUUAUUUAUUUGGAUGAAUGGAAUAAUGUAACAGGACCAUAUGUUUCUAUGCUACAAAAUGUUGUAAAAAUAUGCUGUGGCAAGUAUGGAAUAGUUGAAUUUAAAGAGAGAUAUUUACAUCAGCCAAAUAUGGAAAGUUUUUAUGAAAAUGAAACAUUCUUAGUACCAGUGGCGUAUACUACACUAUCAAUGGUAACUGAACCAAACUUAGAAGAUUCAAAAUAUAUGCCAGUGGUUGAAUCACCAGGGGCGAUAAUAAUUAGAAAUAAGAAAAAAUUUCAGGUAACGCCUGGAUUAGACAUAAUUAUUGCUGGUUGGCCUCUCCUCGUUCUUAUUAUUAUAUCGGCUCUUUACGCAGGCUUACUUAUGUGGGUUUUGGAUUGCCGAUGUAAUCCGGAGCAAUUUCCCAGAGAAUUUCAUAGUGGGAUGUGGGAAGGAUUUUGGUGGGCCUUUGUAACUAUGACCACUGUUGGAUACGGAGAUAAGGCUCCCAUGUCAGUUUCUGCAAGAAUUUUGGGAAUAAUCUGGAUUCUUGUUGGUCUGGUUAUUUUAUCAAUUUUUACAGCCGCAAUGACAUCUUCUCUAACUGAUGCUGGAAAAGAUGACAAAAAUUUAAAAGAUGUUGACGUAGCUGUUGUCAAUGGAUCUCAUCAAUACCAGUUGGCAAUAGCUCAUGGAGGUAAUCCGAAAAUUUACGAAAACAUAGAAGAUAUUAUUUAUGACGUGACAGAUGGAUACAUAAACUAUGCUUUGAUUGAACAUUAUUCAGCAAUGUAUUCUUUAAACACUCAUAUGAAAACGAAUGGUAAAGUUAAAGAUUCGAUUGAGAUAGUUGGAGAAAUACAAGAUCCUUCUAGUUAUGGAAUACGAUUACUGAGAAAUAAGAGAAAAAGUUGUUUCUUUGAAACCAUAAUGCGAGUUCGUCAUAAAAUUAGUGCACUGAUAAUGACAAAUGCGACUGCAUUAAGAGCUAUUACUUCAAAAGGACUCUCAUCAUCUGAAGCAAAAGCAGUUUUUCAGAAUAUUGACUGGAUAGCUUUACUAGUGAUGGGUGGAAUCUGGCUUCUCCUUUGCUUCAUAUUGUUAAUAUGGCAAUUUGGUAUUAGAAAUCGGUUAAAAGUAACCGACGUGUUUUAUAAACGAAAUGAAUCAAGAAAACCUCCUAUACGCUCUAUAUCACAGCAACAUGUUUUAUCAUCCCCUGGCUUUCCAAAGAAACGAACGUUAAGCGAUAAUCAAACAAAUAUUACAGAAGUUGAUUGA